CUUUCAUCCGGUUUUCCACCCUUCACCCCUCACAUCUCGUCCCUCCCGCCAUCCGCACCACCUUGGAAUCACCUUCUUCAAGCCACCACAAUCAGUCCGUGUAGCACGCCCAAAGGAUCUCUACAACGCCAAUGUCCCGCGAUCACCGAUAGUCAGGCAGUGUCGCGGCGGCGUGGGAGCAACUCCCCGCAUACCGGGACACAAGGGGACCUUCACCUCACCUUCCUUCUUUCCACCCCCAACAGCAGCCGGUCGUCGCCGCGACGACAACACCGAGCAGCAAAACCAUAAAGUGGUAAUCGUUCAAAAAACAGAAGGGGCCAAACCAUCGUCUCUGCUACUCUUCGUCUCACUGUCACCGCAUCUCUUCGUCUUCGUCCUAGUCUGCAACAGCUCUUGUCGAAUAUCCGUCUGGGGCCCCAAGCAACCGGACACCCUUCGGCCGCCCUCCUCCUAUCCAUCCUCCUCCAAAGUCGGAAGGGCGGCAUUACCAGCUUACAAUGGCGUCCCGAAAUCACCCCCCAAACUCUUCGUCAGGGGUCUCGUCCCCUGCGAACGCCCCGUCCGAAGCCGAAGAAUAUGCUCCCUAUCCCACCGCCUCAUAUCCUCACUACAGCAGUCCUCGAUCUUUCUCGCCCCCUACUCCUCCACGCCUUCCCACAUCCUCCACACGAACACCAGUUGUAGCGUCAUCCGAUGCCGAUGCAACAGCCGCAGCCAGGGCAGCUGAUCAGUCCGGCCUCAACCCAUUCGAGCGCUGGAUCGUCUCCGCCAACAAACCCCAGUUCAACGCAAUCUCCGGCGCCAUUGGUGGCUUCACGUCCGGCAUAAUCACCUGUCCCCUCGAUGUCAUAAAGACCCGGUUACAGGCUGGCGGUGCUUACGCUCCGGUGUCCAAGGGCAGGCAUGUUGGUCACGAGAAAGUCUACCGUGGCCUUGCGGGUACCUUUCAGACCAUAUGGCGCACCGAGGGCGUCCGCGGUCUGUAUCGUGGUCUAGGACCCAUUGUGAUGGGUUAUUUGCCGACCUGGGGCGUCUGGUUUACAGUCUACGACUUGUGCAAGAUUCACUUCCGAGAAUAUCACAGCAACGAGUUUGUCGUGAACUUGAGCUCCUCGCUCAUCGCCGGCGGUACCAGUACUAUUGCAACGAAUCCGAUUUGGGUCAUCAAGACACGCUUGAUGUCCCAGUCCGUUGCCCACAAGCCAGGUCAACAUUAUUCGCAGUUUCCCAAGUCUUCCACCACGCCGACCUCGCGUCCUAUCGUACACACUGCCUCGCAUUACCAUUCCACCCUCGACGCUGCACACAAGAUGUACACCACGGAGGGAGUCCUCGCCUUUUACUCCGGUCUGACCCCGGCCCUAUUGGGCCUUUCCCACGUUGCCGUUCAAUUCCCGGCGUACGAAUACCUCAAGAAGAAGUUUACCGGUCAGGGCAUGGGCGGCCUCAGUGACGAGAACAACACGUGGUCUAACUGGUUCGGCACCCUCUCUGCUACGAUACUAUCCAAGAUUUUGGCUAGCAGCGCCACCUACCCGCACGAGGUGAUCCGCACCCGUCUACAGACCCAGCGCCGACCCGUGGCUGGAGCGGAGUACCUCCAAGGCCUUGGCAUCAAACCGCCCCAGCCGGGAACAAAUGGAGGAGCACAGGGGGUUCCCGCGAACCAGCCGCCGGCUACCCCUAAGUACCGUGGCGUUGUCCGAACCUUCCGUACCAUCCUCGCCGAAGAAGGCUGGCGCGCCUUUUAUGCCGGCAUGGGUACUAACAUGAUGCGUGCCGUCCCUUCAGCGACGGUCACCAUGCUUACCUACGAGCUCAUGAUGUCUCAGCUUUAUCAUGGAAAACGUACAGCAUUGAAGAAGCUCAACAUCGAGGAGGACUUGAGAGCUGGGUUUUGACACCCGGGUACCGACUCUAUCGAUAUAUCGGCGGUGGACAGUUUCUUGAAAGAAAGGACUCUUACAUGCAGGGUUGAAAGGAGUCAGGUAGCGAGGCGUUCUAACUAAGUUAUCUUUCUCUUGCCACACUCUCUGUCGAUUUCCUUAGUUUUUGCUUUCGACUCCUGGCGUGGGGGUUGCAUAAGCGGGGUGGGGAGGCAGAAAAGGGAAGGUGACGCGCAUUUGCAGUGAGGAAGAUGUCAGGAGGUUUCGACGCAGAUACCCCGGCCGACUUGUAGGUUUAGACAUUUCGUGCGUUUUACUAUUAUUAUACAGUAUUCUAGGAAACGCACACAUGGACAGGUCAAUGAAGAUCCUUGUUUCCAAAG